ACUGGAGACAUUUUGCCCGAAAAUCGUCCACACCACCGUAGGAAGUUCCCCAUGUUGGUCCCGUCGUUCCUCCGCAAGGGGUUGAGGGCGGCGUCAUUACCGUGUUUCCCUACUCUUGCUUCCUCGCGUUUCUAAAGGCGUCCACUGCGACGGUUCGUCUGUCGCUGCGUCACUGCGUCUUCUUCCUGUUUUUUCGCCUUCGAUCAAAAACUCCGGAAGUGUCUAUACGCAAGUCGUUCGAAGAGAGAAGGGCCGCCUUCCUGUGUGUUGUCGCCUGUCUCUUCGUCCCUGUGUACAGCAAGGCAGGCGUUCUGUCCGUGUUAAAGCAGCGAUCUUUCCGUAGGAAAGCGGGUUCCCCUUUGCUGUGCAUUUUCAUUUUCGCGAACCAGGAACAAUGGCGGCGCCGACGGUCUCUGCGGGGGGGAAGGAGAAGAAGGGAAAUGCGGAUAGUCAGCUCAUGAAUACCGCGAAGGAUUUCCUCGCAGGAGGAAUUUCCGCGGGUGUAUCAAAGACAAUUGUGGCUCCAAUCGAGCGUGUGAAGAUGCUGAUUCAGACGCAGGACUCCAUCCCCGAAAUCAAGGAGGGGAAGAUUCCACGAUACACUGGUAUCGUCGACUGCUUCCGUCGUGUGUCUGCUGAGCAGGGCGUUGCGUCUCUGUGGCGUGGGAACAUGGCAAAUGUAAUCAGAUAUUUCCCUACUCAGGCGUUCAACUUUGCCUUCAAGGACACUUUCAAGCGCAUGUUCCCCAGAUAUGACCAGAAAAAAGAAUUCUGGAAGUUUUUUUGCACGAACGUCGCCUCUGGCGGUCUGGCCGGUGCUUCCUCGUUGGUUAUUGUAUAUCCUCUUGACUUUGCUCGAACUCGUCUGGCCUCUGACGUCGGCAAGGGCAACGAACGUGAAUUUACAGGACUGGUCGACUGCCUCGGCAAAAUCUUCCGUCGCACCGGGUUCUUCUCCCUCUACCAAGGCUUCGGAGUCUCUGUUCAGGGCAUCAUCGUGUACCGCGGUGCCUACUUCGGUCUGUUCGAUACCGCGAAGGCGAUGCUCUUCGGUCCCAACAACGAUGCAAACCUCUUCUACAAGUGGGCAGUUGCUCAGACCGUCACUGCUGCCGCCGGUGUUGCGUCCUACCCCUUCGACACUGUUCGAAGAAGAAUGAUGAUGAUGGCUGGCCGCAAGAAGGGUGAGCAGGAAAUCCAGUACACGGGCACUGCAGACUGCUGGAAGAAGGUCUAUCAGCAGGAAGGAUUCAAGGGCUUCUUCAAGGGCGCGUGGGCGAACGUGUUGCGUGGCGCUGGCGGUGCCCUCGUGUUGGUCUUCUAUGACGAACUGAAGAAGAUGCUCAUGUAAAACCCGUUGUUUGUUAUCGGUUUAUGGAGGACUGUUCGUGUGUAGCAACGAGCCGGAACACAGGUACAAGAACCUAGACCGGAAGCUAUUACCGAGUUGUUUCCAGACGAGCUGAACUAUUCGUUUCAAACCACCAGACCCCCUUAACCCUCCUGUUUCUUAAGGCCUAAAUUUUUCGUGAAAGCGACGC